AUGAUCGCAGGACUCGAGGGUGUGGAAAAUUUCCUGGACGAUUUCUUGAUCCACAGCGAAACUCGGGAGCAACACAACCUUAUUUUGAAGAAGCUGUUCGCUCGCAUCCAGGAGUACAGAUUCCAUCUGCGUCCGGAAAAGUGCAGUUUCUACAAGGAGGAGAUUGGCUACAUUGGCUUCAUCAUCAAUGCCGACGGUAUCAAGCCAGAUCCCGAGAAGGUUGCUGCCAUAGCGAAAAUGCCACCACCAACAGAUGUUAGCGAACUCCGAUCAUUCCUCGGAGCGGCAAACUUCUAUGGCAAAUUCAUCCCGGAAAUACAUCGAAUCCGACAGCCGUUGGAUGAGCUUCUGAAAAAGGAUAGGAAGUUCGUGUGGAGUAGCCAGUGUCAGAAUGCGUUCGACAGCAUCAAAAGCGUAUUGCAAUCAGACUUGUUGCUUACGCACUACAACCCGAACCUUGAACUCAUCGUUGCGGGUGAUGUUUCAAAAUCUGGAAUCGGGGCGGUCAUAAUGCAUCGAUUUCCGGAUGGCCGCAUCAAAGCUAUUGCACACGCAGCGAAAACGCUUACCGCCACCGAACAGAGGUACAGUCAGGUGGAAAAAGAAGCGUUGGCGUUAGUUUUUGCGGUGACGAAGUUUCGACGAAUGCUGCUAGGACGGAAAUUUACGCUGCAGACAGACCACCAACCAUUACUCAAGGUGUUCGGAUCCAAGAAAGGUGUACCGCUACACACCGCGAAUCGCCUCCAGCGCUGGGCGUUAUCGCUGCUCGGAUUCGACUUCAACGUGGAGUAUAUCGCUACGGACAACUUUGGGUAUGCCGACGUCCUGUCUCGGUUGAUAAGCAACCACCAGAAACCAGAAGAAGAGUACGUCAUUGCUACUGUCAAUCUGGAAGGUGACGUCAGCGCAAGUCUGGAAGAAUGCUUCACAUCGCUACCAGUGAACUUCAAGAUGGUGAGAGCUGCAACGAAGAAAGACUCCCUACUACAACAGGUCAUACAGUACAUCGACAGCAGUUGGCCGAACAGUAGCAGGAUUGCAGAUCGGAAUUUGAAAACUUUCUAUUCCCGACGCGAGUCUUUGUCCGUGGUCAAUGAAUGCGUCAUGAUGAACGACCGGGUGGUGAUUCCUGAAUGCUACCAACAACGUGUUCUGAAACAGCUACACAGUGGCCACCAAGGCAUCGAACGGACGAAGGCCGUUGCUCGCAGUGCGGUCUACUGGGCAAACAUCGAUGACGACAUCGAAGCUCUAGUUCGUCAGUGUUCCGUUUGUGCCAGUACUGCAAAAUCUCCACCACACCAUCAACCGCAACCAUGGCCCCGAGCGGACGGUCCGUGGAAAAGGAUUCACCUGGACUAUGCAGGCCCACUUGACGGAAUGUACUACCUAGUAAUAGUGGAUUCAUACACGAAAUGGCCUGAAAUUUUCCAGACUGGACAUACAACUGCAGCCGUUACAAUCAGAUUUCUUCAGGAAACCUUCGCUCGAUUUGGUAUCCCGGAGACUAUUGUCACAGACAACGGGAAGCAGUUCUGUAGCGGUGAAUUCAAGAAGAUGUGUGAACAGUUGGGAAUCGUGCAUAUUCGUACUGCGCCAUAUCACCCACAGUCGAAUGGCCAGGCCGAACGCUUUGUCGACACCCUGAAACGAUCGCUUCGCGCUUCGUCGAAGGGGAAGAAGUUCCAUCUGUCGAGGCACUCCAGAAAUUUCUGCACGUGUACCGCUCAACCCCCAGUGCCGCACUUGCAGGGAAAUCACCGUCAGAAGAAAUGUUGGGUCGGCCCAUGCGUACAACACUGGAUCUCUUGCGUCCGUCAACGUUCAACAGUAAGUCCGAUCAGCAUCAUCCGAAGUUUACAGUUGGCUCUACAGUCUACGCCAAGAUAUACCAGAAUGCGGAUAAGUGGAAAUGGUCUCCCGGAACUGUCAUUGAGGCUAUUGGAGGAGUCAAUUUCAAUGUUUUGCUCGAUCAACAAUCAGGUCGCAGGAAGCUUAUUCGAUCACACGUAA